AUCCACUGGCACAGCUGUGUUCUGUGAUGUGAUGCUGGGUCGACUGCUUGGACACUUGUGAAAUGUGUUUUCUCCAGGUGGUGGGUUUGAACUUCUCCAGCGCUACGACUCCGGAGCUGCUGCUGAAGACCUUCGAUCAUUACUGCGAGUACCGCAGGACUCCUAACGGCGUGGUUCUGGCUCCGGUGCAGCUGGGCAAGUGGCUGGUGCUCUUCUGCGACGAGAUCAACCUGCCUGACAUGGACAAGUACGGCACGCAGCGGGUCAUCUCCUUCAUCAGACAGAUGGUGGAGCACGGCGGCUUCUACCGCACCUCAGACCAGACCUGGGUGAAGCUGGAGCGGAUCCAGUUCGUCGGGGCCUGUAAUCCUCCCACAGACCCCGGCAGGAAGCCGCUCUCAUACAGGUUCGGCUGUCGUCAUCACUGCUAAUAAAGACACGUGUUC